AUGCUAACGGCUGUAAGUAAAAAACUCGAAAAUUUGUCCAUCGUGCUAGCAAGUACUUCUCCUCGCCGCAAAGAAAUCCUCACAGCCUGUGUUUGUUGCUCCAAUUUCUCCCUCAACGUGGAUUACCUUAAUCCUGAUGAAUUCAGCAAUAUUUUCGAGUUUGCCAAAGGAGCUUUACGGUUGCUCAAAGAGCCUCCCGACCUGAUUAUAGCUGCGGACACGGUAGUUGUUUUUGAGGGGAAGGUAUUGGGCAAGCCGUCAGGUGAAGCGGAAGCCAAUGCAACUCUCGCUAUGUUGUCGGGUCAAGUACACGAAGUUUACACGGGUGUUUGUCUUGUGUGGAUGGGCACCGAACCAGAAUUUCAUUGCUUUACUGAACAGACGAGGGUUCACAUGGCAACACUGGAUCAACAUACAAUUGACGGUUACGUAAAAACGGGCGAACCUCUAGACAAGGCAGGCAGUUAUGGUAUCCAGGGCCUUGGCUGCAGCCUGAUUCGCGGAAUAGAGGGCGAUUACUUCAACGUCGUUGGCCUACCAAUAUACCGGAUUUGCCAACACAUACAUGAUAAGCUGACGAACUCUGUUUGA